GAAGCCUUAUAUAUAUAUAGUGAUCGCAUGCAUAGAUCAAGAGAAAAUAACAAAUAUAUAUAUCUAUCAAGCUGAUCUAUAACUAGUACUAGUGCAACAAUGUCAAGUCCAAGAGUGGCUGCAGUUUUUGUGAUACUUCUUCUCUUGCUUGUCGGUGCCUCGGAAGCCGCGAUUUCAUGCAGCGACGUGGUCAAGGACCUGCGGCCCUGCCUGAACUAUCUUGUGAACGGGUCCGGGAAGCCGCCGACCGCAUGUUGUGCCGGGGUCUCGGCUCUGGCGUCCGCGGCCUCGUCCUCGGCGGAUAAGAAGGCUGCUUGCGAAUGCAUCAAAUCUUCGGCCAAGAACAUCAACUACAAAGCUGAUUUAGCCAAGGCGCUCGCUCAGAACUGUGGCAUCAGCUUGCCUUUCACUGUUUCUCCCAACCUUGACUGUUCCAAGGUCGGUUGAAAAGUUGAAGCUCAAGCAAGACCAUCGAAGCUUUACUGUGCUUUUGUGUGUGAUGAUUUGUAUUUUGUAUACCCGAUAUAUAAUAAUAUAUAUGUAUUAUGAGUUUCUAAUAAGCCUGAAUCUCUAGAUAUCGUAUUUCUGGGAAUUCCUCUCGCUGGUUCACGAUAUUUAGAACAUGGUUUGUGCUUUGUUUGUUUGUUUUUUUCCCCAUAUCAUAUUUGAUAUAAAUAUGUAAUUUUGAGUG